GCAGCGAAUUCGCUCAUUUGAAAAAAAUAAAACAUGGCUGGAAGAGGUGGUUAUGAACACGCUAGAAGCGGAUUCGGUGGGGAUCGGGCAUCCAAGCAGUUGCCCACGGAACCGCCGUUCAUCGCAUUUGUCGGCAAUUUGCCGCAAGGCCUUGUGCAGGGCGAUGUGAUCAAAAUAUUCCAGGACUUUGAGGUGAAGUACGUGCGGCUGGUGAAGGACCGGGAAACGGAUCAGUUCAAAGGCUUCUGCUACGUCGAAUUCGAGACGCUGGACAAUCUGGAGCGGGCGCUAGAGUGCGAUGGUCGGAUCAAACUGGACGAUCUGUCGGCGCCGCUAAGGAUCGACAUUGCCGAUCGGAGAAAAAAUGAUCGCCCUGGUGGCGGUGUUGGCGGCGGCAACGGCGGCAUGACCCGCGGCGACGGCGGCAGAGACGGUUUCCAGAAGCGCGGCCCACCUCGCCAGGGCGGCAGCAGUCAGUCCUACAGCCGGGGAGGUCCUGGCACUGGCGGCGGCGGUCGGGAGGGCGGCGGCGGUUCGGGUAAUCGCGGCGAUAGUAGAGAUCGGCCGGCAAAUCGUGGUCGGUACGGCAGUUUCAAUAACGACGAUCGACCAUUCGAGCGUAACCAGGAUCGGGAUCGCGGUCAGCGGGAAGGCAGCUAUGGCAACCAGUCGCGCGACGGCGAUCGCUACAACAACUUCAACCGGCACCGCGACCGCGAGCGCACCCACUACAAUCCCAACCAGCAGAGCGAACGUCCCAGUGGCGGCAUGACCGGCCUUGGCGGCGGCUCCGGCGGAUCAGGAGGCCUAGGCGUUGGCGGUGGUUCCUCAAUGGGCGCCAUUGACGACAAUGAGCGGCCACGUCUGCAGCUGAAGCCACGGACCAUUGCCGCGCCCAUUAACGCGGUGGCAGAGACCAAGCAAUCGGCCUCGAUCUUUGGCAACGCCAAGCCGCGCGAAGAGAAGCUGAAGGAGCUGCAGCAGAAUGUCAAUCACAACGGCGAUAACUAGAGGGCUGGAGUUGGUCCGCAAUACAAUAUAUGCCUGAUAUGAUAUUUUGAUGUGCGAGAACGAGAUAAUCCGAGAUAGAGGGAGAGAAGGCGAGGAAGAGAAGAGGAGGAAGCAGAAAUAGCAAGGGGGGAGGAGGAGGAGGAGGAGGAGGAUGAUGAUGAUGAUGACGAUGACAAGGAGCAUCAGCAGCAUGCAUAUAUAAACACAUACAUUAAUUAAUAACACUACGCUACAUACCUAUUAUAUACGAAUGAUAUGUACUACAUUACAAGAACGAAGAUGGAACAACAGGCUGGCCUCUGUGUCUCUGUGUCAGUGUCCAGUGUCAGUCAGCAAGCAACUUAACAACAAGCAACAAGCAACAUGCAACACGCAACAUCAGCAACAAAGCCAAGCAGCAAUAAUGCAACUAUUCUAACUCUUUGCAACCAGAAAACAUCCGCAACAGCAAUGGAAAGUCUUUAAAUGUUAGUCCUUAAGCAGCGAUAAACUUUAGUCUCGUGCAUAUGGCCAAUAUAUAUAGUAUAUAUAUAUAUAUGGUAUAUAUAUAUAUACGGUUAUGUGCGCUUCAUUGUACAGCAGCUGUAUGCACGCUGCUAUUUGUUAGUUAAGUGAUGGAUAUAAACCAACAAAACAAAACAUAAGAGGAGGAAAGUUCUACCAUUAAGGUAUAAAUAGUAAACAAAAAACAAGUAAAACAAAACAAAAAAAUGAAAACAAUGCAAAACAAAAAAGAAAAAACUCGAAAAACAAAGCAAAAAUCGAAAACAAAAACUUUUUGACAAAACGUUCAGCGUAGCAGGCAGGCAAUUUAUACAGUUUAUAUAGGAAAAAAAAGAUAAAAAAAAACACACAAAAAAAAACAUAACAAAAAUAAUUAUUGAACAGACAUACCUUAUGAAAUUAAAACACCAACAGCAGAUCUUACAAAACAAAUCGCAGAGAAGCAGAACAUCCACUAAGUACGUAAAAUAAAAAAAAAAAAUACAAAAAAAAAAAAACCGGAAAAGUUAUCAUUUCAGAUUCACUACAGAAAACUUAUAUAGCUACCGAAAAGCAAUCAACUACAUAGGUCUUAUGUAGCUGAAGAUAGUGUUAAAAGUCAAAGCCGACCAAAUUAUGCAAAUAUAAUUUGGAUAUCCAUAUCCACCCAUUAUGCACUUCACAUAUUUAGGUCAAUUUUAUUUACAAUUAGCUUCGGUUCGAAUGUUUCUUUGCCUAUAUGUGUACAUUUACAUUUCUAACAUUAAAUUAUCGUGCACAUAGGAUCUGAUUUCUUUGUAGAUAACCUUGAUAUAAGACGAAAAAAAAGAAAAAUAUGGAAAACAAUGUAUACAUUUUAUUGUUGUUUGUGUGUUUCAAUUAUUAUUUGCAUAAGUAAGAGCGUUUUUCCUUAACGUCAUCCUCUUUGUUUCCUCGCCAGUUUUUUUUUUUUUACAAUUUUUUUUGUACCUUGCAAGAGCUGAUUAAUCGCGAAAGUUGUACAUUAAUUUGAAAAUAAAGCGAAAACAAAUUAAAUAAGCGUGUACCGUAUCGGUUUGGUGUUUUCCUUCGCAAAUUCGAUUUCGAAAUUCGAUUUUUUCGGAGUGCGGCUCACAGAAAAAAAAAAGGUCAGCACUUUGUAUAUAUACAAAAUAAUCAAAUCAUAACCCGUUGUUGGAAGUAUCCAAUUGUUUUGUUGUCCAGUCCGAGCCGGCCAUGUCCUGCUCCGGAUUCUGACACCAAGCCCCUGUCCAUUUCGAUUGCGAUAAGAUAAUCCAAACCAAUCCAAUCCAAUCCAAUCGAAUCCACUCCACUCCAAUCCAGUCGAGUUCAGUCCAAUUCAAUAUCUCAAAUGCACAGCCGACUUGACCGACUUGACCAGCUUAGAAACCAGAGUGAACCAGCAAAGAAGCAAAUAGGUAUACAGAUCAGAUCAGAGUGUGUGUAGCAGUUAAAGUAAAGAUUACGUUUAAUAUACCUUUAAAGCUAAAGAUAAACUUAAAAUUUAAUUUUUAGCACCAAUACCGUAAGCAGUCAAAGAUUUACACUAACGAAAGUGGACAAACAAUAUUUGUAACUCCUUAAAAAAAAAAACAACAACAACAAAAAUAAUAAAAAAAAAAACGAAAGAAAGAAUGAAAAAAAUCGAAAGACGAGCGACAAAAACUAAUUGAAAGUGAAUGAAUUAAUAACUUGAUCGAGUUGACAACUUAAUUGCUGCUCUAUACCUAAUUAAGAACUUUGAUAUGCAUUUUAAAACGCCCAUAAAGACAAGGACAAAGAAUUGUUUAAAUUAAUUAACGUAUAAACCAAAAGCAAAGCAACACUAAAACGAGAAUUUAUACAAAGCAAGAGUUAGACAUUAACGUACAUCAUAAAACAUCUAUAUAUACACGCAGAUAUAAAUAAAUAUACGAUUGUGCUAUGAUUAAUGACGAAACUGAUCGAGUAAGCCAGGAUUAAAUAGCAAUUCUACUCUUAGCAACCGCAAUAAAUUAAAACAAAAUACACAAAUGCAAAACUAACCGAAAUUAGCAAGCAGUUAGGGCAAACAAUCGUAGAUGUGAACGAAGAAAAUAUACAUUUUUACCAAUUACCAACAUCAGCAGACAUCGCAAAAUGCAAAAUGCUAAAUGCUAAAUGCAAAAUGCUAACUUCAUGUAACUUACAUAACAAGAAAUGAAUAUAAACAAAUCAACAAAGUCAAAUCUACAGACAACAAUAUGUUUAAUUAAGUGAAUGAUGAACGAACGCUAAACAAAGUUCACACACAGCAUUAUAACGAAAUAUAUAAAUAUAUAUACAUACAUAUAUAUAUUUUUUGUUGUUUGAACAUUUUGUACGAUACGUAUAUAUACACAUAUAUACACAUAACUAAAUAAAUAAAUAAAACAAAUUAUAAUAC